AUGCAGCAGCAGUCGCCCGACGCUCGCGAGCUCCUACCGCCACUACUCGCGUGCUUACCCACCGCCAAUGUAUCUUCGCGACCUCCACCCGCUUUACUUCCACUGCUCGCACCCGUGCUACGUCAGAGAAUAAGCUACCUGUCAGAGAGCACCGAUCGCAAGAGCUGGCUACAACUGCUAUCAUGGGAUUCGAGUCGCGCGGCCAAGCUACCCGCCGCGGUCCAGCAUAUCGAUCUCGAGCCUCAUCCCGUCUCAGGCGAGCUCGAGCUUGAUGACGUGAGACCAGCCAAGUACCAAAGAUUGGAUGAGGAGACUUUGCACGCUAGGCUCGAGGUGGAACAAUUUGGUCUGCUCCCAGUCUACGUCUGGUGUGAGAGCGAUGAGCAUGGCGAUACGGGGCCCGGGUGGAAGCUGGCUGAGCUUCGAGCGUUGGAGGACCUUGAAGAUGGCACUGAAUGGUAUCAUUCGCCAUCGGAUGCAAACUACACAGCAGCGCCUGACGCAGGAGCGCCAAACUCUGCACCAACACCUGCCGAAGAGGAGGAGAACGAUGAUUACUGGGCAGCUUACGAUCGGACACCAGGCCAGACACCAGCACCGGACGUCAAACCCAACCCACAUCCUACCAAUGGACGUCAGAUGGCAGACGCCCAAUAUUUUGCGAGAUAUGCCAACGAAGUGCAACCCGCUCUGGACUCGCAUGACCCAGACGAAUCCUCCGGCCACAUCGGUGAGAGCACACUACGCGGAGACUCGUUAUUGGACCAGACGAGUUUGGGCUUUACCUCCCCUCCACCACAGCUCGCAUCAUUUGACCACGCGAAUUACAACCACCCGCAGAGCAAUAAUCAUUUAAACAUUCCGACUGCAGACCAGGACCACCUCUCGAUGCCUCGACCUAUCUCCCCGACUUCCUCACACUCCAGUGUCGAGCACCUGGAGGAGCGAGCCGCCGCCAUGAGCCAGGAGGACACGCAGAAAUCAUCAUACAACGAGGGCGCCCUCCAAGCCCAACGUGGCAUCAAAAUGCAUAUCAGUACCGACAUCAAGAGCCUCUUCCGCCUAGCCAAGAGCUCGGGAAUGGAUCGUGCAGAAUUCGAGGAGAUCAUCCGGCGGGAGCUGGAUGUACUCAGUCUACUGGAGCAGGACGAGUGA